GCAUCCCUACCUGCCGGCGGCUCGAUAGAGAACAUUUCUGCCGGCGGAUCGAUCAGAAACGUCCCGGUCGAGGCGAGGGAUUCGUUGGCCGGAUUGACCGAGAUCCCCAUUUUGACAGUUGCGAUAGAUUCAACAACAUCACGUGCUCUUCAUAUGAAACCAUGAGAGAUAACAUUCUGGAAAGCACUGUAUACUUGUGUGUUGAUCAUGGAAUGUUGGACGAAAGCGAUUUUGAGACACUCUGUACGCCAUUCGCCUAAUAAAAUUAAUGCAAAUGAACCGCUCACGACAGCAGACGCUUCGCGUCUGAGGCGAAUUGUCGCACUUACCUCGAGAAGACAUCUCAAAGAUAUCUAAUUACGUAAAAAAUUAAGAUAGAAGGCGUGAAAUUGGUUGUUGAGGCGAUAAGAUCCCCCAACUGAGCGAGGAUACUGCGAUAACGACUGCAAAGUGUUGUCUCUCUGGUGACCACUUGUUUGUGUCUUUCAUCCAGUUGCUCAGUUUGCUUUACGUUCUCUGCCACGCACGUCCGGAUCGACUGUAAGCAUAAUGACUGAUCAAAAUAAAGUGAUCAAUUUCGGCGCCGGCCCGGCUAAAUUGCCGCAUGAGGUUCUGAAAGACGUGCAAAAGGAAUUGCUUGGAUAUGGAAACACGCAAAUCAGCAUCCUCGAAUUAAGUCAUCGGUCGAAUGAUUUUAAUAAUGUCAUCAAUAAUGCCCAGACCACAUUACGGGAUAUCCUAAACGUUCCCGAAAACUAUAAAAUUUUGUUCAUGCAAGGAGGCGGCACUGGACUUUUUGCAGCAAUUCCUCUGAACAUAUUGAAAACCGGAACUGCGGACUAUCUAGUAACUGGUUCAUGGUCGGCAAAAGCGGCGAAAGAAGCGACCAAGUAUGGAAAAGUGAAUAUGGUGUUACCUAAAACAACAAAGUACACAGAAAUUCCGGAUCCUUCCAUUUGGAACCUAGAUCCGAAUGCUUCAUAUGUUUAUUAUUGUGACAACGAGACUGUCCAUGGAAUUGAAUUCGGUUUUAUUCCGGAGACAAAUGGAGUGCCACUUGUCGCUGACAUGUCGUCCAAUAUACUGUCGAAAUCUUUUGAUGUAUCCAAGUUCGCGUUAAUCUUUGCGGGUGCGCAAAAGAACAUCGGCCCAGCCGGUGUAACUUUGGUAAUCAUACGGGAUGAUCUACUCGGCCGUGCCAUGGAUGUGUGCCCAACGGUGUUGAAUUUUACCAUUAUGGCGAAUGAUAAUUCUCUGCACAACACGCCACCCGUCUUUCAAAUUUAUGUAGUGGGGUUGGUGUUCGAAUGGAUCAAACGGAAUGGUGGCGUCGAAGGUAUGCAAAACUUUGCACAGAAGAAGAACAGCAAGAUAUACGAUGUGAUCGACAAUUCAGGAGGUUUCUAUACAUGUCCUAUCAAGCGAGAUGCGCGUAGUAGAAUGAAUAUUCCGUUCAGAAUAGGUAAUGGUGAUGAGAAGCUCGAAAAGGAGUUCCUUUCUGGUGCCGCAGCUCGCGGUAUGUUGCAGCUAAAAGGUCACAGAUCGGUAGGUGGAAUACGCGCAUCUUUGUAUAACGCAGUUACAGAAAAAGAGGCGGACGCAUUGGCCGAUUACAUGAAAUGGUUUCAUAAUGAACAUUGCAAAUAGUCUGAAAAAUAACUAACUAAACAUUUUGAGAAAAUGAUAGAUAUAUGUUUUUGAGAAAAAAAAAUCUAUUCAAAAAUGUUAUUUAUAUAAAUAUACAUUUGUAUCGUAUAUAACUUUUAUAUACAAGUUUUCAUAUGCAAUAUAUUUUGAUGUUAUUUUUGCUCUUACCAUUGUACUUACAAUUUCAUCAAUUGCAUUCUCAGAAUUUGUACUAGCAACUCUCUUCAGAAGUAUCGCAAUGAUUUGCAAAUAAAAUAUCUAAUUCUCUUUC